GUAUUCAAUCUUUCAUGGUCUUUCUCUGUUGUUUCUGCAGUUUCUUUCAUACCCACAAAGAAAAAUUGGAUUGUUUCUCCAUUAAUCAAUAGAAAAGCAAACAUAUACCAUUCUUUUCAUCGGUAUAUAUCAUAUGCAUCCUCGUUUUCAGAAUGCAUACCGACUGUUCGCAGGAAUUACCCAGAGACAGCGUUUUACUCGAAAUUCAAUAUAUAGCUCGUAUCACAGUUCCUUGUCCUCGAGCCCUUCGUAUUUUGAAGACCCAUUUGAGAUUUUUGGUGAAAAUGAAUGUGUAAUAUCUUGGACUUCUAGAAUAUCCAGUUUGGUAAGGAGAAAUAAGCCGGGACAGGCCAUUGGGUUGUUCAAAACAAUGCUUAUGAAUGAUCACAAACCGAAUUACGUGACAGUGUUGAGCAUUAUACAGGCUGUCAAUGUUCUUGGUUCGGAAGACAUGACACAAGAAAUUCAUGGGUUGGUGAUCGUAAUGGGGUUUGAUUUGGAAGUAUCAGUUGUAACAGCUCUUUUAGGAGUUUACUCUGUUUGGGACAUGGAAGCUGUGUUGAAAUUGUUUGAUGACAUGCCAUAUAAAGAUGUAGUUUUGUGGAGCGCAAUGAUUUCUGUAUGUGUGAAGAAUGGGAAAUAUAUUGAAGCCUUUGAAUUUUUCAGGCAAAUGCAAUUUUAUGGCUUGCAACCAAAUCAUGUGAGCAUUGUAAGCAUACUGCCUGCUUGUGUUGAUCUUAAUGUUUUGCAAUUUGGAAAACAGGUACAUGGGUGUUCUAUCAAAAAGGCAUAUUAUUCGCAUACAAAUGUUCAAAACUCACUUGUAAAUGUAUAUGCAAAACAUAGGAAUUUUGAGUCCUCAAUUCAGAUUUUUAACAGGAUUUCAAAGAAGGAUAUCAUUUCUUGGAGGAGUAUGAUUCAUGGGUGUAUUGAAAAUGAGUGCCCCCAAAUAGCACUGAAUUUGUUUUCUGAAAUGCGAUCUUCUGGCUUUGAACCAGAUGAAACUAUUAUCGGGGAAGUGAUUGGAGCAUCUUUACAAGCAGAAAAACUUGAGUUUGGACUGGGAUCUCAUGGCCUUGUUUUGAAAUGUGGGUUUUUGGCUUUUGUUUCCACAGCGACUGCGCUUCUUCAAAUGUAUGCAAAAGUUGGUGAAGUGGGGUCAGCCAAAAUUGUAUUUAAUCAACUCCAUCCAAAAGAUCACAUUGCUUGGAGUGCAAUGAUAUCAGCUUAUGCUCAAACUGGACACCCAUGUGAUGCUUUUGAUACAUUUAAACAGAUGCAAUUAGCAAAUGAAAAGCCUAACGAGAUCACUUUCGUAAGUCUAUUACAAUCCUGUUCUUCAGUUGCUACUCAUGAAAUUGGGGAAAGCAUACAUGCUCAUGUAACGAAAGCAGGCUAUUCCUCCAACACCUUUUUUAUAUCAUCAUUGAUUGAUCUAUAUUGUAAAUUAGGCAGAUUAAGGCAAGGGAUGGCUCUUUUUAAUGAAAAUCCUACUACAGAUCUUAUAUGUUGGAGUUCAAUGAUCAACGGGUAUGGGAUGAAUGGGUGUGGAGAGGAGGCUCUUGAGUGUUUCUCAAACAUGUUGAGGUGUGGAAUAAAACCCAACAAUGUUGUUUUUAUUUCUGUCCUGUCUGCUUGCAGUCACUGUGGGCUUGAAUACGAGGGUUGGAACUGGUUUUAUGCAAUGAAAGAAAAGUAUGGUAUUGUUCCAAAGCUUGCACACUAUGCUUGCAUGGUGGACAUGCUUAGCCGUCAAGGAUAUGUAGAAGAAGCCCUUGAAUUUGUGAACAAAAUGCCCAUUGAGCCUGAUAAGCGAAUAUGGGGAUCUCUUCUUGCUGGAUGUAGAAAAACUCGUGGUUCUAUUGAUAUUGCAGAACUUGUGGCACAACAGCUCAUUGGUUUGGACCCAACAAACACCAGCUACUAUGUGAUUUUGUCAAACUUGUAUGCAGAACAGGGUAGAUGGAAAGAUGUGGAGAAAUUGAGAAAAUUACUAGAUGAGAAGGGAUUGAAGAAAGAGAUAGGAUAUAGCAUGAUUGGAUCCGAAUUAUAGGAAGGAUAUUAAUCAAGCUGAUUUUCUGCAGACUGCAGCUGGCUGAUCUCCAGACAGAGUAUAUUAUUGUUUUGUUCAAUUAACCUUGUUAAUUGUUGAAAAUAACCCUGUAC